AGACCGUGGAAAGAGCGCGGAGAAGAGGAGAAGCCGCUUCUUACUGACAGACAGACAGACAGAGAGAGAGAGAGAGAGAGAGAGAGAGAGAGAGAGAGUUAGAGAAUGAGUGGGAGAGAACAUUAGACAGAAGGAGCCGGUGAGAUGGUAGUUCUCGCUCUUCCUCGCGCCGGGCUGCCGUCUUAUUUCUCCUGUGGUCAGUUCUAACAGGACUUUAUUAUCGCCGUUAUUAUCUUAUCAGCAGUGUUAUCGGGCCCGGCACACGGUGGACCUGCUCUCCCCACUCCGUAGCGAUGCUGUGGAGAGCGGCGUUCGCGCUUGCGCUGCUGCUGCUGCCUCACACGGAGCCCCGCACGCCGCUGGACUUCGGUCUGGUGCCCGGAGGAGUGUAUGACACGGUGGCCCACUACGAGCCGGGGCCCAUCGGGCUCCUCUUCAACAUGGUGCACGCCUUCCUGCACGUGGUCCAGCCCAACCCGUUCCCCGAAGAUCUCGUCAUCCGGGUGGCGAAAGAUAAAUUCGGAGCCAUCAAGUCAGAGUACCAGAAGCCAGAGAACAUUGUUCUGACACUGCAGGUGAUUUACUAUGAGAUCGGUUUUGUGGUGUGUGCGGCGCUGGGGCUCCUGUUCGUCGUGCUGCUGCCGCUGGUGGGCCUGCUCUUCUGCAUGUGCCGCUGCUGCGAUAACUGUGGAGGGGAGAUGCACCAGAGACAGAGAAAGAACGCCGACUGCCAGAGAGGACUGCUCACCACACUCCUCCUCACCACCACCUUCAUCAUCACAGCUGGCGUCCUCUGUGCAUAUGCAGCCAAUCAGCACCUGAGUUCUCAGCUAAAGACCAUGAGGAGGCUGGUAAACAAUAACCUGAGGGAUUUACAUACCUUCGCCAAUGACACGCCAGUGCAAAUCGACUAUCUAAUAAAUCAGUAUGAUACUGCAAAGGACCAAGUGCUCUGUGACCUAGACAAUGUAGGUGUGUUGUUGGGCGGAAGGAUACAUGAGGAGCUGGGGAAAGAGGUGCAACCUGCUCUGGACGGAGUACUGAAUAUGGCUGGAGUCAAAGUGGAGAAAGCUAUGAAAGUGAUGCGGGACACCAAGGAAGCUUUGGAGAACGUGAGUGUGACGUUGGAGACUCUACAGGAGGGCACAGGGAAGCUGCAGUUUAACCUGAGCGUGGUGCGAGCGGGACUCAGCAACGCUCUCAGUGACCCGGCCUGUGCAGAUACCCUCUCGCCCACAGCUCAAAUCUGCCGCAGUAUUCGGAGCUCUCUCGCCCAGCUUGAGAUCAGCGCCAACUACUCUGGGCUGCCUGACGUGACUGACCAGUUGAACAAAGUGAACGAAGUUUUGAAGACUGAUCUCAGCCUCACUGUUCAGAGGGGGCUUUUGGCCUUUAAUGAUACCCCAACCAUGGUUACAGACCAGACCAGAAAUGUUGCAGAAGGAGUCAGAGGUAUAUUGGAUGGUAUCGGCAGCAACAUUACCAGUUUCUCCAGGCUGUUUCCAAUCCAGAGCUCCCUGAACAACUUCACCGUUUUUAUCAGUCACACACACUCACGUAUUGAAGAUAUCUACCCAGAGAUUGACCAAAUAGACUUCUACAGAUGGAUCUGUUGCAUCACCCUCUGCUGCAUGGUGGUGCUCAUCUUAUCCUUCAAUUUCCUUGGUCUGCUGUGUGGAAUUCUGGGAUUUGACCGACAUGCCUCUCCUACAACCCGUGGCUGCGUGUCGAACACCGGAGGGAACCUGCUCAUGGCUGGGGUGGGGUUCAGCUUCCUGUUCUCCUGGGUGCUCAUGGGAGUGGUGACAGCCACGUUUGUGGUGGGGGGCAAUCUGGAGAAGCUGGUGUGCGAGCCUUUCAACUCUAGGCAGCUUUUCAAGGUGCUGGACACCCCACACCUGGUGAACCCUACAUGGAGGAACUUCAUCCCUGGCUAUCUAUAUAAUGAUCCUGAUAUGGACCUCACUGUGGAAAAUGUGUACAGUAACUGUAAGGAGAACAGGGGGAUUUAUUCUGCCCUUCACCUGGAUAAACUGUUCAACAUCUCAGCCUUGCUCAAUACCAGUGUGUACACUAAGGACAUGGCCCAGAAGUUUGAAGGCGUGAAGGUGGAUCUGAGGUCAAUCAUCCUGCUGGACUCAGAGGGCAAAGAGAACCUCAUCAGCUUCACAGAAACUGGGAUUGGAGAGAUCAACUUUGCUGCAUAUCUGGAGGAGCUAAAUAAAGGAGUGACCCGUGUUGAUUUGCUGUCAUUUGCCAGCAACCUGGACACUCAAGCUGAACAACUGUCUAAAGGAUCAUUACAGACUUCAAUAAAAGGCCAUGCCAACACACUGCGACAGAUCUACUCCCAUCAAGUCGUCUCCAUCCAGCAGUCCAUGAAAUAUGUUAGAGCAAGGAACACCCUGAACCAGAGCAUCAGGUUUCUGGAGAGAACAUCAUCAGAUCUAUCCAACAAAGUUUCAGAAGUGCUCACAGCCGUUAAUGCUGCACAGUACCUCAUCUCCCAGAAUGCAACAUUUAUUGUCAAUCAGGAAACUGAGAAAUACAAGCAGACCAUCAUUGGAUACUUCAAACAGUACAUAGACUGGGUCAAGACCUCUCUGGAAAUGGAGGUGGCCACCUGCAAGCCCCUCAGUAACAUCAUGGACACUGCGGACAUUCUGGCCUGCAGCUUCCUCCUGGACUCGAUGAACACCUUCUGGUUCGGGCUGGGAUGCUCCACUCUGUUUCUGCUCCCCAGCAUCAUCCUGUCUGUGAGACUGGCUAAGUUCUACCGCAGAAUGGACACAGAGGACGUCUAUGAUGACAUUGAGACAAUUCCCAUGAAAACCAUCCCUGCCUAUGACACUAUGACUCGAUUCCCACGGGCCUCCGCGCCCCCUCGCCAUGCCGACUGGUGACAUGAAGGAGGAGCUUUUGUUUUUUUCCCAAAACUCCAGAAAGCUCUAUUGGGACAUGGAACUGAAAUUAACUGGACUACUAUUGCCCACCUGAUGAACAGCUGGCCCAGUUCAGAGGGGGGAUGCCAUCAGAAGAGGGCCAAGAAAUGGAGUCCAUCUUCAUGUUAUACUGUAUAUUCUCCUAUGAUGAAACUAUGACACUUUUUUCAGAUCCUUGUCCUGCUACGAUGACGCUGCCUCAUGGACGUUUCCCUCUGACGCCUUUCACUUUUUCACAUCACAUGAAGAGAUUGCUUCAUUGUUACAGCACUGUUAUAUCAGUCAUGGAGUCAGGGAGGCCUCAAUGUUUAGCUACUGUAUGUAUGUGUCUUUGUUUACAGUCACUGAGAGGUCACUUUUGGCAGACAUAACAACUGCUGCAUUACUCUCAAAACAGUUUCUUUUUUCUCAUCACUAUUGUUUUUUAUUUAGUCUGCUUUUUUAUGUUUGUGGAGACUACACUGUCUGGAGUUCAAGUUUGUCAGUAUACGAACCUCUUGAACUUUGUUAGGGGCCUGUCUGAGAGACUAGAUGAUUUUUAUUCAUGUGUAAGGUGACGUAAACCUAUCUGCAGACCACACUCUUGAAUAGAGUGACAAUGCCAUCUAAGGCCAAUGGCCUAUGAGCCACCAACAUUAUAUGCAACAUAUGUAUGAAUAUACACUCCAAGUGUGGAAUAUUUGUCAAGCCAUUCUGAGGCUGAAUGAAUUGUUGCCUUUUAAAUUUUUUUUCUUUAGUCCAUGGUACCUGUGCACAGUGAAAAAGGACAACUGUAAAUGCAAGCCGGUGUUCAUCCUACAUACAAAUUUAGCAAAGGCCUGGAUAACAAUGGGAGAAAAUUUGGUAGCACUUUACAGAUGGGUAAUAAGCUGGUAAUGACAUGGUAAUACUAUGGUAACAAGUCGUAGUAAAUUACAUGCUAAUUUUCAGGUUGUUACUAAAGAAAAAUAUAAUGUAGCAGUAACAUGUAGUUAAUAAAAUAAAAAAAAAUACAUACAAGUUAUAAAUUACAGUUAAUUACAUUAAUAAAAAAAUACAUAAUUUAGUUGUUAAUAUAUAGUUAAUAAUUAGUUUUACGUUAUUACCCUUUUAUUACCGGACUAUAAAGUCAAGUGCUGCCAGAAAAUUCUUCUGUGGGUGUCAGAUCACUGUUGCAUGUCUUGAGAUGUUCAAGAUAUGAUUUUAACUUGUAGCAAUAACAUUGCUAACUGUUUGGGCAAAUAGGAAUGUGGCAGUUGUGUAAUUUAGUUUACAUUAAUUAAUAGCCAGGGUUUUUUACACUGCCCUUCUUAUGAUACUAACCAGGAGAGCUCAUCACAGUAGGCAUAGUCUUACAACUCUCCAAGAAAAAUUGCUUUUUGACACCAAAAUCUAUUUUUAAUGUAGAUCUCAGGUCUUAGUAGGGUUUCUUUUUUGUUUUGUUUUGUUUUGUUUUGUUUUGUUUUGUUUUGUUUUGUUUUGUUUUGUUUUGUUUUGGGGUAUUUACAAUUACUUUCACUGACAAGCUAUCAAAAGGGUGAAUGUAAUAUAUCUCAAAAAUGCUUGUAUGUUUUUGGAUAAGUGACAACCUAGGAGCAAAUUUACAAAAUGCAUUUUGUCUUGACACUUUACUUGAAGACUAUAACAAUGCCUACUUAAUACUGUCAUAGUCUAAUAUCACCAGUUACAUCACCAAAUAUCUCUAGUUCAUCACUAUGACUUUGAUAAUAUUUCUGUCUGAUGUUAAUAAUCAUGUCAGGUGCUAGAUGUUUUUUAUCAUAACGUUUAAAUCACUUGAGUAUAUGAGUAUAUGGCAGUGUUACGCAGGCCUCAGAUAAAGUGUUCUACCUGAAUUUUACUCUUCUUCAUUUCAGUUCCCCAAGGCACCUUAGGCACCUCCAUUCUGCUGUUGGCUGUGGUCUUGAUUUAUCAUGCACUGUUUUUCCCCACCAGGUGCAGUGGUAGUACGCCUGGUGGUGUGUUAAGCUUGCUCAAAGACGUUCUGCUGACGUUCUGUGGCAUUUAGCAGUCGUGGGGGCUGGUUGUUAACGCAGCUGGUUUUCAAGUCCAAGUGGUUAGGCUGGCUAUACUGUAAAAUAUUGUGAAUAAAAUUUAAACUGAAUUAA